AUGGCUGGGACAAGAGGAAAUGAAUCAGCGCGGUUGGAAAAACAGAUUGGUUGUAUUAAAUAUACGAUAUUUUCAUUUAACGCAAUUCUAUGGAUUCUAGGAGGCGGGAUGUUUGGUCUAGCUGUUUGGCUGCGAGUAGAGCCUGGCUUUCAAGAAUGGGUCGAAUUUCUUGACCUGGGUGACUAUUACAUCGGAACUUACAUAUUGAUAAUAGCGUCUGUAAUUGUAAUGGUAAUUGCAUUCUUUGGAUCUGCCGCCGCUUUAAUGGAAAGUGCACUGUUCCUCUGGAUCAAUAUCGGAUUGCAAUUAUUCACAUUCGUUAUCGGAUUAGCCGGAGCAGCAGUAUUGCUCGAUUACUCAACCUAUGACAGUAAAAUUCAGCCUAUAAUCCAUCGGUCGAUGACUUCGUUGAUUGUCAAUUCGCAGUAUGACAGACAAUCUCAAAUUUUGAAAAUCGUCCAAGAAAAUGUAAGCGUUAUAUUUAUAAAUACAAUCUUCUUGUUACUUAAAACAUUUGAUUUUCAACCAGAAACUUGA